CACUACGCGUCAAGCAGAAAAGAAAAGGAAAAAAAGCAAAAAAAAGGGGACGUAUUUGUACUCCCCUUGGCCGCCUUCUUCCAGGCUUCAUCCACGAGGCGAAGCAAGCAACGAAUAUAUAGAGCGCGGCAGCGGCAGCGGCGGCGGCGGCGGAGGGCGCUCGAAUAGAAUAGAGCGGCGUGGAACGGAGCGGGACAGGUCAGGAAUGGAUAGGCGCGUCGAUGCGAUCGAGUAGCCACACGCGUACGCGUACGCGCGCGCGAUUGGGUGGUUGGGCUGGACCGGAUCGUGAUCGGAUCGGCGCCGGAGGAGAAGGCAAUCCAUCGCAUGCCGCUCCGCCGUCCAUGUCGCGCAUGAAGCACCUUCUGCGCAAGCUCCACCUCGCCGGCGCCGGCGGGGGCGCGGGCGCGGCGCCCGACCACCACCGCCCGCGGCACAGGCGCUCGGGGCACCCGACGCCCCUGGCGCCGCGGGUCGUCGCGGCGGCGGGGGCGGGGGCGGGGGCGGGGGCGGGGGCCGAGCCGGCGCCAGCGGCUGCGGCGGCGGCGGUGCCCGCGGCGGCGGGGGAGCCGAGGGGGGCCCUGGGGGCGGAGGCGGCGAUGACGCGGCUGGAGGAGGACUACCAGGUGCGCCUCGCCCUCGCGAUCUCGGCGUCGGACCACGCGGGGAUCGUCGACGCGGACUCCGUCCAGAUCCGCGCGGCCGAGCGCAUCAGCCUCGGCGGAGGCGCCGCGGCGGCGGGCGGGGACCGGAGCCCCGAGGAGGCCCUCUCCGCGCGGUACUGGAACCACAGCGUCGUCAACUACGACGAGAAGCUGGGGGACGGGUUCUACGACGUGUGUGGCGCGCAGCUGCAUCCCGGCUUCCAAGCCAAGUUCCCCUCCCUGAACUACCUCAGGGCGGUUCCGGCAGGAUGCGAUUUUGCCUUUCUGGCAGUUCUGGUGAACCGGCAGCGCGAUCCUGCCCUAGAACGCCUGGAAGAUAGGGCUGUGGUGAUUGCUGCGCAGAGUAGGGCACAACAUGGCCGUGCUGCUUCGGCGGAGCUUGUGCAGAAGAUUGCGGGUCUCGUGGUUGAUGCGAUGGGCGGUCCGGUGGAGGAUGCCGAUGGUAUGAACAGGGAAUGGAGCGUGAAGAGCCGUGAGCUCUCUCUCCAGCUAAACAGCGUUGUUCUGCCUCUUGGUUUGCUUCGGGUUGGGCUGUCACGCCACAGAGCUCUGCUGUUUAAGGUACUAGCUGACCGAGUUAAUCUGCCAUGUAAGCUUGUGAAAGGAAUAUGUUAUACUGGAACAGAUGAAGGAGCUAUUAACUUGGUUAAAGUUGAUUUUGACAGCACCGAAUAUAUAAUUGAUCUGAUGGGGGCUCCAGGAACCUUAAUCCCUUCAGAUAUUUCUGGCAGUCAGUUUCAGGAUUCGAACAAUAGUCAACUGAGCAGUGAUGCCAUUGAAGAGAGUGUCGUGGAACUAUGCUUAGCUCUUGAGCAGAUUAAUGGUGGAUAUGAGAAUAGACAUGACAUUGGAGGGAGCUCAUCUGAUCAAAGUUCUGUUCUAGUGCUCGCAACUUCACAGCUUGAAGAUUUAUCUCAAACAGAGAACUCACUUAAACAAAGUGUUAUCUCUCAAAAGGGACAAUUCAAUGUGCUCAACAUUGAAGGGGAUAUUUCUGAUAAUAUGAAAGUCAAUGAUGUUUCCAAGUAUAGUGUGCCUGGAGUAGUGGACCCACUGUUUGCACAAAAUUUGCAUGGCUUACUUUUGGAGAGUGGUGCAUCGCUACCCACUGAUUUAUUAUGUGAUCAAAAUAGUCGUAACGUUCAUGGGAAUAGAGAAAUAGGCAUAAAGACUUCUGAAGAUAAAGAAAGUGCAGGAUUGUUGCUAGUUGCUCAAACAAGUCAAAAUUUGCCAAAUGGUUUCGUGGCUAAAGAUUCUCCAUCACAACUCGACAGUACCAGAGCACUAACAGCAUUGAGCUGUUACCAGAAUAUUCCCUUGGCACCUUAUGAAAAAGUACAACACCCUGCGGAAAAUACAGAAGAAAUUAUCAGAGAUUUGGACUUGCAUGAUCAUACAUCUAGUGCAAUUUCCAAUGGAAAUUUGGACAAGUUGAGCUGGUCUAGUACGAAAACAAUCAGCUCUGUUAUAGAUGAUGCUGCUGAAUAUGAAAUACCAUGGGAAGAUCUUGAUAUUGGAGAGCGUAUUGGUCUAGGUUCAUAUGGGGAGGUAUAUCAUGCCGAUUGGAAUGGCACUGAGGUUGCAGUGAAGAAAUUUCUUGACCAGGAUUUAUCAGGUGUUUCACUAGAGCAAUUUAAAUGUGAAGUCAGAAUCAUGUCAAGACUAAGGCACCCGAAUGUUGUUCUUUUCUUGGGAUAUGUGACACAACCGCCAAAUCUCUCUAUAUUAACUGAGUACCUCCCAAGGGGGAGCCUAUAUCGCCUGUUGCAUCGGCCAAAUAGUCAAAUUGAUGAAAUACGGAGGCUAAAAAUGGCACUAGAUGUGGCAAAAGGGAUGAACUACUUGCACUCUAGCCAUCCUACCAUCGUUCAUCGUGACCUGAAAUCCCCAAACCUUUUAGUGGAUAAAAAUUGGGUUGUUAAGGUGUCUGAUUUUGGCAUGUCAAGGUUGAAACAUCAUACUUUUCUUUCUUCCAAGUCAACUGCUGGAACGCCAGAGUGGAUGGCACCGGAGGUACUACGUAAUGAACUAUCUAACGAGAAGUGUGACGUCUAUAGUUUUGGAGUAAUCCUUUGGGAACUAGCAACCUUGCGUGUACCAUGGAGUGGGUUGAAUCCAAUGCAAGUUGUAGGAGCAGUUGGGUUCCAAAACAGACGACUAGACAUCCCCAAGGAAGUGGAUCCACAGGUGGCUAGCAUAAUAUCUUCAUGUUGGGAAAAUGAUCCAAGCAAAAGGCCGUCGUUUUCCCAGCUCUUGUCACCUCUAAAGCAACUACAGCGUUUAGUUGUUACAGAAAGCUGUUGACAUACCCUUCCUGAGACCAAUCUCAGGACACAUAUUCAAGUAUUUAAGCUCUACUGCAGGGGCUAAAAUUUUCAUGUUGAAGCUCGUGGAGAUGUAUUCAGAAUCUCUGCGGUGUGGAUGUGUAUGGACAAAGGUUAUGCACACCACUUGUGAAAAUGUGAGAACUCUCUGAAGCUGCGCAAAGGCGCUGCCGGAGAAAGCGUAGUGUGUAGUCUCAAGUGAAGAAAAUGUGACGCGACACGAAGUGCUUUGUGUCAUGGUAAAUAAUUGUUCAGUUCUGGAUUUGGACCGGUGAUUCUGAGAAUCAGAAUUCACCACAAAGAUAGGAUCUUGAAGUCCCCCCCCCCCCCCUCUCUUUAGAAAGAUAAAAAGAAAGGAAGUCAAAAGCUUAUGGUGUCUGCAAAAAGUUGCAGCCCGAUGUUUACCACAUGCAAUAUUAUAUAUCAUGUAUACAUAUGCUACAUUGUGUCUUAUGAAUGUGCAUUUAAUACUUCUUGUUCUCUUUUCGUGGAACAAGGUUCUUCCA